CUGAGAACUUCUCUCAGAGAGAUCAAAGCCUCUCUUUCUUGGCUUAUACAUUCCACCAUCGUCUAAAAUCCUCUUCGUCUGAGCAAGAGAGAUGCCAGAAGUGGUGGCUGAGUUUGCGGCUCUCAGAGCAUGCUUUCAGUGCUUUACCAACAAUCUCGGGCAAGAAGCUAUUUUCUUGUGGGGUGUGAGUGAUCAGAUCGAAUGGAUGAGGACACAGCUCCAGUUGUUGCAAGGCUUCCUCAAAGAUGCAGAUUCCGAAAGGAAGAGAAGAGAUGCAAGAAUGGAGACCUGGAUAAGUGAAAUAAUACGCGUAUCAUAUCACAUGGAAGACGUCAUGGACAAAAUCAACUACGUGCUCCAGAGGCGACACCAAAGGAGGGGCUUCACGGGCUCCAUUUCAAGGUACUCUCACAAACCUUGUGAAUUGAUCACCCUCCAUAAAAUUGGUUCUAAAAUUGAAAAAAUAAGUGAGAAGAUCCGCGGUAUCACUGAGAGCAGAGCCACAUUUGGCAUCAAUAACCUGGGUGAAAGUAGUGCAGUGAAUGAAAAUUCGCAAUCCCUCAGACAAUUCUUUUCUCGCCUUGAUGGUGACAUCCCCAUGGUAAACUUGGAGGAUGACAAGGACAAAUUAGUGAGUCAAUUGCUUCAUCCGACCGAGACACGACGAUGUGUGAUUUCUGUAGUGGGUAUGGGUGGACUUGGCAAGACCAUCCUUGCAACGAAAAUCUACAAGGACACCAGAAUUAGAGAACAUUUCGAUGCCUUCGUUUGGAUUUCAGUUUCUCAGGCAUCCCCAGACAUUAAGUUUUCUGAUUUCGAAGGAGGCUCAGAAAGGAUGCGCCACCCAGCACAGGGCGGCCACUCAGUUGUUAGGUUACUGAAGUAUCUGAAUGAAAAAUUAAUGGAAAUAAGAAAAAGGAGAGAAGGAACUGCAGGAAUAAUUACACCACAACUAUUAGAGCGGAUGGGUGAAGAAGAUGUGAGAGAGCAGCUCCGUGUUUUCCUGACAGACAAAAUGUAUUUGGUUGUGAUGGAUGAUGUAUGGUCUGUGGAUGUUUGGAGAAGAAUGCGUCGAGUCUUGCCCGAUGGAAACAAUGGCAGCAGAAUACUGCUUACUACCCGUAACAGUGAAGUAGCAAGACAUGCCGAGCCAUGGUUUACUCCACAUGAACUGCACCCUUUGAAUUACACACACAGUUUGGAGCUCUUCAGCAGCAAGGCAUGUCCCCCAAAUCAAGGUGCCUGCACUGACUUUGCCAACGAGCUCGCAAAGAGCUGUGGUGGACUUCCUCUUGCACUGGUGGCGCUCGGGGAACAUCUGAAAGGGCAUCCUUGUGAUACGUGGCAGAGAGCAGCUAAGAACUGGGAAUCUAGUGAAGCCGGGCAGAAGUGCUUCGAUAUAUUGGGUUUAAGUUACAGAGACUUGAAAUAUAAUUUAAAACUAUGUUUCCUGUACAUUGCCGCAUUUCCAAAGGACUACUUCACCAUCUCUGUCAAAUUAGUUAGGUUGUGGAUCGCCGAAGGUUUAAUACCACAAGAGCAGGAAAAGACAUUGGAAGAAACCGCCAGGGAUUGGUUGGGUGAGUUGGUCCAGAGGUCCAUGAUCCAGGUUGUCGAGAGAAGCGUGGCUCAUGGGGGCAUCAAGAGCGUACGCAUCCAUGAUAUGUUACGUAAAGUAGGCCUAUCAGACGCCAGGGAUAAUAAAUUUCUUCACGUUUGCAGGAGCGACAUGGAUCUCAGGCAAGUAUCUACUGGUAUAACGAGUUAUCGUGCAGCUUUCCACGAAGUUAUAAAUAACGAGGUUGCUGUUUUCUCACCACAUCUCCGUGCUUUGCUGGGCUUCAAUUUAGCGUUGAAAGGCAGUGCUGCUCGGGGAAGAUUUUUGAAAGGGCUAUACUUAUUAAGGGUGCUGGAUUUGGAGGGAGCAAGAGGUUUGAAGAAGUUACCGAAACAGAUCGGCAAGAUGAUUCAUCUACGAUACCUGGGAUUGAAAAACACUGGUUUGAAGAGACUUCCAUCCUCCAUAGGGCGUCUCUUGAAUCUGCAGACUCUGGACGUGAGAAAAACGGACAUUUAUUGGCUUCCGAAAUCAUUUUGGAAAAUCCGGACACUGCGGCAUGUAUAUAUUAAUAGCUAUAUUUUUGCAAGCACACCGAUAAUUGGUGAUCAGAAGAACUUGCAGACUCUGCGAAUCACGGACUUUGAAGCUCACAUGGAUACCAUCUGUUUUUGCAGCCGUGCAGACGUAAGAUUCAUUAGAAAUUGGGUUGCCACACCAGGCUGUACCGAGGAGGCAAGAGUACACAAAAUGUUUGAAAAAUUACUCGGAGAAGCACUCGGAAAAAUGGAUAGCCUCGUCUCCUUUACUCUGACUAUGGAAAAGUCUGGAGUCCCUGGGGAUGUCCUUUUUGCGCAUCUGCGCCAGCUUCGUUCAUUGAAUCUGGAGGGACGGUUGUUUUUCAGAGAGAUGCAGCUCCCACAUAGCGGUCGAUUCCCCCCAAAGCUCACCAAACUCGUAUUAACAAAUUCCAAGUUGGAGCAAGACCCAAUGCCAGUUCUGAAGAACCUACCAAACCUCAAGCUUCUUGCACUGAAAUUGGAUGCAUACGUUGGGGAGAAGAUGUCAUGCUCUGCUGAUGGCUUUCCUCUACUGCAACACUUGAUAUUAACGAGUCUGACAAAUUUAGAGGUAUGGAGAGUGGACGUUGAGGCGAUGCCCAGCCUCACCGACUUAACCAUCAGUUUGUGCUGCAGGUUGGAGAUACUUCCUGAUGAAUUACAGCGCAGGAUCACCCUUCAGAAACUAAAGCUGAAUCAUAUCACCCGUACCUGUAAGUCACUCACUCUCUCCAUUUCUUCCUCCUCUAUUGCAUUUUAUUUCCAUCCCUCAAGAUUCUACUUAUGGAGGAAUAACCUUCUUGCGUGA